AUGUUCAGACUAGUAACUUUAUUCUGUGUUGUUGCUCUAGUAGCACAUUUUGCAUCAGCAGUAGAGCCAACAGGAGAGCUAGCAAGAUUAGGCAAAGCUUUACAUGUCGCAUGUAGCACUAAAGCUAGUAUUUCUGAAGAAGAAAUUGGAAAGCUGAAGGCAGGAGUAUUCACCGGUGAUGAUAAAUCCAAGAUUAAAGACGAUGGGGAUUUGGAUUAUGAAAUAAUUGAAAAGCUAGCUCCAGAAGCAAUCAAAGCUACGGCACGAGGAGUCCUCAAGGGAUGCUUUGACAAGCAAAAGGGUAAGCUUUAUAGUAAUUGUAUUUAUAUUAGUAGUAAAGGCUAUCUCAUUCCUGGCUACUACAACUUCAUCAGUGACAGCUGCUAA